GGAAUACACAAAUCACACCUAAACCUGCAUUUUAAUACCAAGAGGGACGACCACCAAAAGCUUUCUCCUUUUUCAUUUUUUUCCCUUUUGAUAUUAUAAAAGAUUGCAUCUUUUUAUAUAUAUAUUUUUUUAACUGAGAAUUUCAAGCUCUCUCUCGCUCUCCAUGGUUGCUGACAGAAACAGAUGCUAAAGGGCAUCAGGACAUCAAAACUUGAUUGGUAAUCUGCAAAUCCACGAGGAUUUUGGCAACAUGGGUCGGUCCAAAUCUGAUUAGGGAGGGCUCUCUGAUCAAAAGGGAGCUAUUUUUCUGUAAAUUUGAGAGAACACAGGAGGUAGGAUUUGAUUAUUGUGGACAAGUUAAUAUGCGUUGCAGCUGCUUUGGUGCUUCGGUUGCUGAGAAGAGGAAAAGGAAAUCUGGUUCUGGUCAAUUUGGCCAUGAUCUUGAUGAGAAUGUGCUGGAAAAUAUCAAGGCUUUCUCUUACAAUGAAUUAAGAUCUGCGACGGAUAAUUUCCAUCCGAGUAACAAGAUCGGGCGAGGCGGUUUUGGAACUGUGUACAAGGGAACCCUGACAAGUGGAAAGCAUGUUGCUGUCAAGACACUUGCUGCUCAGUCGAAGCAGGGAGUCCGUGAAUUCUUAAAUGAGAUUAACACUAUCUCAAAUGUCCGGCAUCCAAACCUUGUUGAGUUGAUUGGGUGCUGUGUUCAGGAAGCUGAUCGAGUUUUGGUCUAUGAAUAUGUUGAGAAUAAAAGCCUUGAUCAUGCAUUAUUAGGUCCAACGAGUAGAACCAUCAAACUGGAUUGGGAAAAAAGAUCAGCCAUUUGCUUGGGUACUGCCAGGGGUCUUACGUAUCUUCAUGAAGAACUGGUGCCACAUAUUGUACAUAGAGAUAUCAAGGCUAGUAAUUUACUUUUAGACAGAGAAUUUAACCCGAAAAUCGGAGACUUUGGGUUGGCUAAACUCUUCCCUGAUGAUAUCACUCAUAUCAGCACAAGGAUUGCGGGCACAACUGGUUAUUUGGCACCAGAAUAUGCAUUGGGAGGUCAGUUAACCCUCAAGGCCGACGUUUACAGUUUUGGGGUUCUCGUUCUUGAAAUAGUAUGUGGAAGAAGCAGUGCCAAGGGAGACUGGGGUGGGGCAGAAAAGUUUCUGCUUGAAUGGGCAUGGCAGCUCCAUGAAGAAGGGAGACUAUUGGAGCUAGCUGACCCGGAGAUGGGGGAAUUUCCGGAGGAAGAAGUCCUUAGGUACAUGAAGGUGGCAUUUUUCUGCACCCAAGCAGCAGCAAACCGAAGACCAAAGAUGAGCCAGGUUCUUGACAUGCUCUCGAGAAACAUAAGACUCAACGAGAAACAACUUACAGCCCCAGGUUUCUUCAACAGUUCAGGGAGCCUGAGCGGACCUUCAGGUAAAAAGUCAUUUUCCGAAACCACUACCAGUCAGAUGAGUUCCGUCCCCGACACUAUAACUCAAGUAACACCUCGCUGAAGAACAAUGUAAUUGUGAGUCAGAGGAAGACGAAGAUGAAAUUAUCUGCAAGUCCGCAACAAAUUAUUCAACAGUUGAUAAUUUUUGUCAACCAUUUUACACGCUUUUUUUCUUCUUUUCUUUUUAGCCAUUUUGAGUAGGGAGAGGGUGGUUUGAGCAGAGUCUAUAAUUUAUUUUCAUUAAAGAAAAUGGUACGAAUACGAUUGUACAAAUAGACCCUAAACUUUAGUCCACCGGUCAUAUGGUUUCAGAUUUGAUGUUUUUUGAUAGACAUGAUUUUUGACGAAAGACUUAAAAGAUAGACAUUUCAGAUCA